UUUCCCCUCCACUCCCCCACUUUUCUCCUUGGAAAUGAAGAUAACUGGUGCUCGCUAGUUAGUAGAAACUUGCCAACCAGCAAGACUUUGGGACCAAUGACAGUAUAAAGCUUCUUGAGUGACAGCGGUGACGGCUUAUUAAAGUGGGGAAUAAGGCGGUGUCAGCAGGCGGGAAUAGGUGUGUUCCUGGGGUUUUCUAGGCCAUUAAGGUCAGCCUGGGACCCUACGUAGUGACCCAACUUCAUCCUGAAAUAAAGCCGAGAAGAGGCGAUGAUUGUCCUCUUCUAACCCAAGUGUUGCUUUUCGAGCAAAGCUUGCAGAUGGGUCAGGGUCUGUGGAGAGUGGCCAGAAACCAGCAGCUACAGCAGGAAGGCUAUAGUGAACAAGGCUACCUCAGCAGAGAGCAGACCAGGAGGAUGGCUGCCAGCAGCAUUUCUAACAGCAGUCAUCGUAAACAAGUCCAAGGAGGCAUUGAUAUAUAUCAUCUCUUGAAGGCAAGGAAAUCUAAAGAACAGGAAGGAUUCAUUAAUUUGGAAAUGUUGCCUCCUGAGCUAAGCUUUACCAUCUUGUCCUACCUGAAUGCAACUGACCUCUGCUUAGCUUCAUGUGUUUGGCAGGACCUCGCUAAUGAUGAACUUCUGUGGCAAGGGUUGUGUAAAUCCACUUGGGGUCACUGUUCCAUAUACAAUAAGAACCCACCUAUAGGAUUUUCUUUUAGAAAAUUAUAUAUGCAGCUGGAUGAAGGCAGCCUCACCUUUAAUGCCAAUCCAGACGAGGGAGUGAACUACUUUAUGUCCAAGGGUAUCCUAGACGACUCACCAAAGGAAAUAGCAAAGUUUAUCUUCUGUACAAGAACACUAAAUUGGAAAAAACUGAGAAUCUAUCUUGAUGAAAGGAGAGAUGUCUUGGAUGACCUUGUAACACUGCAUAAUUUUAGAAAUCAGUUCUUGCCCAAUGCACUGAGAGAAUUUUUUCGUCACAUCCAUGCCCCUGAGGAGCGUGGGGAAUAUCUUGAAACUCUUAUAACAAAGUUCUCACAUAGAUUCUGUGCUUGUAACCCUGAUUUAAUGAGAGAACUUGGCCUUAGUCCUGAUGCUGUCUAUGUACUGUGCUACUCUUUGAUUCUACUUUCCAUUGACCUCACUAGCCCUCACGUGAAGAAUAAAAUGUCAAAACGAGAAUUUAUUCGAAAUACUCGUCGGGCUGCUCAGAAUAUUAGUGAAGAUUUUGUAGGGCACCUUUAUGACAACAUCUACCUUAUUGGCCAUGUGGCUGCAUAAAAGCACAGUUGCUAGGACUUUAACUUUUAACUUCAAACUAAAGCUACCCAAGGACUAUUUAGCAGAUAUGGGGGUUACAUUAGUGCCAGUCUUUCUAGCCUCUGUAUACAAUCAAGCUUGAGUGUACAAUCUUGUUUUCUUUUCUAUUUUCUUUUUUAGUCAUUUUCUUGAGGAACUAAAGAAUUUUGCAGAAUUUUUCUUAAUUUUGCUUAUCAUGUUUGCACAAAGCAGAGCCAUUGUCUGACACAGCUGUUUAAGAAUGUUAAACUGACAUUAUACUCUAAAAGAUGGUAUAUUUGUGUAUUAGAUUUGCCUGAAAAACUUUAUUCACUUCCAUUCUUUUUUAAAAUACCAUGUAAUGUGUACAUAUUUAACUAGAGAUUUAUAAUCAUAAUUAUUUUAUUGUAAAAAUUUUAACUAAAACCUUUCCUUUUUCUCUCAAACUGAGUUCUGAAAUUUUUUUGAUUCUGAUAUGAAAUUAUUAGUCUUUAUAAAAAUUGAAUCUUACUUUGAUACAAUUAGUACCAGCUUCUCUUCCCUUUGAACUUUGAAAAGAGUAUUGAUUUGUUAGUAUGCAAAAUAGGCACUUUUUUUAUAAUAUAAAUUUAUCACUUUUAAUUUUUAAAACUUCUGGGUUAGUCAAGUCACAAUAACCUUUAAAACACUUAAAAUAGCAAAAUAUGUUUAAAAAGAUUUACAUAGAUAAGAACAAAAUAUUAUUAUAACUUAUAUUUGAUGUAAUUAGUCAAACUGUACUAUUGUCCUAAUGUUGAUGAUUUCUAUUCAGUAUCAGUUGAGAAAGGGAUAUUGUGAAUGAUAGUAAAUAUUCUUUAUUCUUUCAUUCAGUAAAUAUGUACCAAGGGUCUUCCACAUGCCAAGCCCUGUGGUAGGUACGCGUGAAACCUAGACAUGGGCUCUGCCUUCACAAAUGUUACAUGGUAAGGUAAUGAGAGGAAAAAUACUGCUUAAUGGAGAGGAAAUGUAUGAAGUAUAUCUUAAUUAACAAUUAUUUAGUAAUUAAAACACUUAACAUUGGAAUGAUAACAGUAUAUUUAUAUAGUAAGUCAAAAGUUCCCUGGAAAUACCUCUAAGUGAAGAGCAUCAGCUUUGGAAUGAUACACUAUGUGGUGGAUAGAGCUGCUAGUUUAUGGGAAGAGAACUGGAGGAGCAGGAACUCAUAACUAGAGGUGUGGAAUCAGUUUUCUUCCAGAUUUGGCCCUAAGUCAAUAUUACAACUGAAUGAUGUACUAAGAAUUUUCAAGGACAAAUCAUAAGGUAAUCAACUUUUGAAAGUCAAAGGGAGUUUUCGACUGGUAAUAAGUAAGCACUUUCUAAGAUUGUGAAGCAAAUACUCUAAUAAGUUUCACAGGUACAUCAUUUUGAAUUCCAUGACAAAAUAAUUCUAAUCUUUUUCAGAACUAAUUAAUUAACUUCAAAACUAUCAUGGAAUUUUCAAACAACGAGUAGUGCUAACAUCGUUUCUAUUUUCCAGUGCAUGGCACUUUGCCCUCUCUAUCUCCUUCUGUCUUUUCUAUGUACUCCUACCUAGAUUCUGCCAUUCAGACUUUACUGCAUUCUCUUUACCACAUAGUUAUCCAUCUCUGUCCAUCAAUCAGCCUGUCUUACUGUUUUGGAUACAGGCCAUCAUAAGUUUCAGACAUCAGUACACUUCAUUCCUGAAGAUUUCAACUUGAAUAUCAUUUGCUAGAGAUCAAUUUUUAAGGCUUUUUUUUUCUUUUUAGGUAAAAUUGACAUUUAAUAAAAUGCAUAAAUCUUAAAUAUACUAAUUAACGAGUCUUCACAAAUGCACACACCUAUGUAAAACAAACCCAUGGUAAGCUGUAACUCUACAAAGCCUGUUUACAGUUACUGUUGUACCACUACACAUAAAAACUUAGUAACCACAUAGGCGUGUUUACCUCAUUACCGUUAUUUUAUAGUUGUCAUGUCUUACAAAUAGCAUGUUAUGUCAUUUUAUUGUGGAGUUUAUAGUUUGCUUUGUACAGUCAUAUAUUUUAAAUAAAUUAAGGAAAAAUA